AUGCGGACAUCAACCAUCGCCACCAUCAGCGGCGUCACCCUGGUGACCGCCCUGAUCGGAUAUGCAGCCUACUUUGAUUAUCGCCGACGUAACGAUGCCACCUUCCGCAAAUCACUCGGGAAGGACUACAAGCGUAUGAUGAAGGCCGAGGCGCGCAAGGCUGCUGCAUCCGCCUCGCAAUCUGACACGGCGAUCGCUGCGGCGGUCGCAUCGACGCACGCGAUGGAGGCCGACGGGCGCAUCCCGAAGGACCAAGCUUCCCGCGAGUCCUACUUUAUGGAACAGGUCUCCAUUGGCGAGACGCUCUUUGCCCUGGGCAAGGACCGCCACCUGGACGCUGCAACCGCCUUCUUCCGAGCGCUCAAGGUGUACCCCCAGCCGCUCGAGCUGAUGAUGAUCUACCAGAAGACCGUCCCAGAAGCAGUGCUGGAGCUCAUUUUCAAGAUGGUUGCCAAGGAUGCUGGAGCGGAGGGCGGAAUCGGCGGCGCAGGCGCUCUCAGUGCGAACCCGUUCGCAGCAAUGGGCCUCGCCGCUGCAGCUGCUUCCGAUGAUUCUGGAUCCCGAGGCGCUGCAUACAAGCUCGAGGAGGUGGACGACGACGCGCCGACGGGUAGCGCGGCAGCUGCCGCUCCACCAGCGACAGAGUCGGCAUCCCCCGACGCUGCUCCAGGCCUCGGCUCCGCCAGCGAUGAGGGCAACCAGAUCGCGUCCUCCAACACCAUCACUUCUGUGGCACCUACAGCAAGCUCCACAAGCGGCCUCUCAUCCAGUCACACCUCGUCACCAGAGUGGGACACGCUCUCCGCGACGUCCCUGUGCCCGACUGCUGGCGACGGCAGCGGCAGCGCUGCUGCUCCUACUGGCGGUGCUAGCAGUGCAGCUGAGGACAUGCCUGCACCCACACCAAAGGCGGAUUCUGUCCACUUUGGCUUUGGCAGCUCCCCCUCGCAAGCCCCGUCCGGAUCCGAAUCGGAAUCGAAUGACCAAGAGUGA